AUGGCGAGCCCCGGCCUGGGGCUGCUCCUCGCCCUCGGCCUGCAGCUGCUGCAGACCGGCUGGGGCCAGGUCUGGGGGCUAACAUUGGACCCCCGUGCAAAUGAGGAGAAUAGCACCACUACGCCCCCUGACCCAGGCUCUGGCUCUAAUGGGGGCCUGUCUCCGGGGGCCAUCACCGCCAUCAUUGUGGUCUUUUCCCUCCUGGGUGCCCUGCUUCUUGCUGUGGGGCUGGCACUGCUGGUGCGAAAACUUCGAGAGAAGCGGCAGACAGAGGGUACCUACCGGCCCAGCAGUGAGGAGCAGUUCACCCAUGCAGCCGAGGCCCGGGCCCCCCAGGACUCCAAGGAGAAGGUGCGGGGAUGCCUGCCCAUCUAGGUCCCCUUUAUCCAUCUCCCUUCCUUGCUGUGGGAACUUGGGAGAAGGCAGAAUCCACUCCGGGCAGUCAGCCCCACACAGUGCUUAAUAAUAGAAGGGGAAGGUGCUUCACAGACUCUGCUCCUAGGGCGAGGGAGGGUGGUGCUGCUCACUUUAUAUAUAUAAUUGGUGGUGAAAUAUAAUAAAGCCUUUUUUUGAGCUGGUGGGGGCAGGAUAGAGGAGGUAAAUGCAGGGCUCAUAGACUGUUGAGAGAUGAAUUAUAAGUUUACAAGGGUCCUAGGGGUGGGGAGAACUUUCUGGAAGAGAGCCACUUUUUGGUGUUACUAGGAGCCAGCUGGAGGCUGCCCCAGGAGGGAAGGUGAUGGAUAAAGCGGGUUUUUGAGCAGAUAGAGGCCCCAUAUAAACUCACUAGGAAAAAACAGGCUUGGGCUCUUGAGGCUUUAUUGAAGGCCUGGGGUCUCCUGAAGACCUCUGAUCCUUAACCUUCAAAACACUUUUUAAGCUCAGCAACUCUGGGCUGGCUCUUGGCCUGGGGCUCCUUCCAGGUGCUUGUGGGUGCAGCAGGAGAUUUGGGGGUUUCCCACCCCUCCAGGGACUGGAAGUGAACAUUCUCUGCUAGCAGAACCUUAGAAGACUGAGCUUUGGGGAGCUCUGGGGAGCCAGAACUUGAGGAAGAAUCAAGGGUUGUCCAGUUAAUAUCCAAUCCGGGCUCUGUCACGGCCAGAAGUUGGUGGCUUUCUGGGUGGCUCUGUGUUGUGGAGAGCUGGGAGCAGGGGCUCUCCUGUGCUCUGGGAUCUUCAGCUACGUUGUGGGGAGGGGAGAGAUGUAGGAUUAGGGGUUGGGGCUCAGGGAGAGAGAAUUUAGGGUCCCUUUGGCUGCUUGGGUCUACAGAUGAAGACUGAGAUGGAGAAAUAAUUUCUUGGCUGGCCUCUGAGGGAAGCAAAGAAGUGAGGUUCUUUGAGGAGAGUGUGGUAUCCAACGGCUGGAGGGUCUGCAGACACGGAAGGCUGGCAGGCAUAGACAGGGUCUGGGGUUCUAGUGCUUCCUCGUCAUCUGGUUGCCAUAUUGGUCUUCCUGGUAUGUCCGGCUGGGGUAGGAUUGGGAGAUGGGUAAGUUACUGGCUUUAGCUAAGGGAAGGGCUGGCAAGUAGGAUGGGCAAGUGGGGGGAUUGGGGGCUCUCACCAGGCUGCAGCAGCUGUCUAGGCCCCCGCUAUGGCAGCAGUCCAAGCUCUGGCUGGGACGCAGGCUGCGUGUACUCAUGGCUCCUGUGCUUAGACUGUCCAAAAUCUCACUCAGCAAAUCCAGUUCUUCCCCAGAUCCCAGGAAGCUGCUGUCCAGAGCGUCCUCUGCCCAUGAAUCUGGGGCAUCCUCACGGCUCACUGGGGGUGUCCUGGGUAGGGAUGGGCAAUGUCAACUAUCUGCCCGAGACUACCAGUCGUGGCCCAGGUGUUCUGGAGGCUCAGGUUUAGGGACCACUCCCCCGUCUGUGUUGCCCUCUCCCGCCUUUGAGCCUUACUGUUCCCCCAGGAACUCCGAAGGUCUGUCUUCCAGUAGGAGUCUCCUGCUGGGGCGAAGGGGCCGGUUCUGCAGAGGAGAGAUUUUGGGGGGUUGAGGGUGGAACCUCAGGAGCUACACAAUCAGGGAUUUUCAGAAGGAGGGUGAGUGUGAAAUCGGCACCAAAUAUUGGGUAUUUGAAGGGAAAGAUAUCUGGAUGGAAACGGAGUGAGGGAGGAGGGCUCUGUGAUCAAUCCAGGUGUGUACCUUGGUGGUAGGGACACAGUCUUACCUGUCCAAAGUGCUGGGUAAUAGGCAGGCGUUGCUGCAGGCGAUCUGAGCGGCUGGUGAGACUGGGGACUCUCAGGGAGCCCCCUCUCUUCAUGCAAGAGUCUCCAUCCUAGGAAGUGGGUGGAUGAGCCAGGAGCCCCUCCCCUCCACUCCAGGCAUUGGGCUGUUGGUCUUACCUUGUACAUCAGAAGGCUCUGCACACCCUUCAAGCCACUCCUGGCCUGUGGAGGAGCCAAAGAGGAAUUAGAGGGUGACUUGACCAGGGGCAUUCAGGAGCCUUGCCCUCCAUCCUCUAGGCCAGCUUCAUCUUGUCAUGUGUUCAUGUUUGCGUCUUACAAGUAUAUUCACACUUCCCUGUGCACUAUGUGUGAGGUCAUACAAGCGCUCACCCCUUUGACUAACAUAUAAAAAGGAAUAGUCCCCAUAUGAAACAGGAAGUGGCAAAAAACUCAUACAAAUGUGUCAGUGUUCAAAAGCUGAGCAAAGAAUAAAAUGAAAUCAACAAUUCUAAGCUGCAAAAAAUGAUUGUAAUGUUUGAGGACAAAAGAUGUUCACCAAUCCGUCUUGAUUGUCAAUGUUAAAUGGGAAAGAAAUGAUGCUGAGAAGUAAAAAAAAUAAAAAAAAAAUGAUGCUGACAAUGAGUCUGGUGAUUGGA